AUGCUAUUGGUCGAAGGGCUGUCAGAAAAUUCCUGAACGCUCUCACGCAUCUCACCGGCGCACCGCAUGCUGCUGCUCAGUUUAAUGGAACAAGAACAAGGGUGGAUCACCGUUCGUUGACUGAAUCCCACCGUAGUUGCUGUUGUCGCUUUUAGCGUUUGACUAUUUUUUUGUUCUUCCUUAUAACUCUGCUUUGAUUAGUUAGCUAGUGAAGAUGUCAGUUGUAGGUUUUGACGUCGGGUUUCUGAACUGCUAUGUAGCGGUAGCCAGAGCCGGAGGGAUUGAAACUGUCGCCAAUGAAUACAGCGAUCGGUGUACACCAGCAUGUGUUUCAUUUGGACCACGGAAUCGGUCAAUUGGUGCUGCUGCAAAAAGCCAGGUUGUCACUAACUGUAAGAAUACAGUCCAAGGGUUCAAGAGGUUUCAUGGCAGAGCAUUUUCAGAUCCGUCUGUGCAAUCCCUUAAAAACAGCUUGGUCUACGAUAUUGCACAAAUGCCCACAGGAACAACAGGCAUCAAGGUGACAUACAUGGAGGAGGAAAAGGUGUUCAGCAUUGAGCAGGUCACUGCCAUGCUGCUGACCAAACUGAAGGAGACGGCAGAGAAUGCACUAAAGAAGCCUGUGGCCGACUGUGUUGUGUCUGUCCCUUGCUACUACACUGAUGCAGAGAGGAGAUCAGUGGUAGAUGCUGCUCAGAUUGCUGGACUCAACUGCCUGAGACUUAUGAAUGAAACAACUGCAGUUGCAUUGGCAUAUGGAAUUUAUAAACAGGAUCUCCCUGCUCCUGAGGAGAAAGCCAGGAAUGUGGUAUUUGUGGACCUGGGUCACUCUGGAUACCAGACAUCGGUGUGUGCCUUUAAUAAGGGCAAACUCAAGGUCCUUGCUACAGCCUGUGACCCACAGUUGGGAGGAAAAGACUUAGAUGGGGUACUCGUCAACUAUUUCUGUGAAGAAUUUGGCAAGAAGUACAAGCUUGAUGUCAAGUCUAAGCCCAGGGCUCUGGUCAGGCUCUACCAAGAGUGUGAAAAACUGAAAAAACUGAUGAGCGCUAACUCCUCCGACCUGCCACUGAACAUUGAGUGCUUUAUGAAUGACAUUGACGUCACUGGGAAAAUGAACAGGGGUCAGUUUGAAGAGAUGUGUGUGGAUAUUUUGGCCCGGGUAGAGCCUCCUCUGCAUAGCCUGUUGGAACAUGCCAAGCUGAAAAAGGAAGACAUCUAUGCAGUUGAGAUAGUUGGUGGGGCUUCCAGGAUUCCCGCUGUCAAAGAGAGAAUCAGCAAAUUCUUUGGGAAGGAGUUGAGCACCACACUGAAUGCUGAUGAAGCUGUGGCUAGAGGAUGUGCCCUGCAGUGUGCUAUACUGUCUCCUGCCUUCAAAGUCCGUGAAUUCUCCAUCACAGAUGUUGUUCCAUAUCCAGUCUCUUUGAAGUGGCAUUCUGCUGCAGAGGAAGGUUUAAGUGAUUGUGAGGUAUUUCCUAAGAACCAUGCAGCACCGUUCUCCAAAGUGCUGACCUUCUACCGGAAAGAGCCUUUCUCUUUGGAGGCCUACUACAGUAGUCCAAAUGAGCUGCCUUAUCCUGAUCCCACUAUUGGUCAGUUUCUGAUCCAGAAGGUUGUCCCACAAGCAUCUGGUGAAAGCUCAAAGGUGAAAGUCAAGGUGCGGGUGAACAUUCAUGGUAUCUUCAGCGUAUCCAGCGCCUCCCUGGUCGAAGUCCAAAAGUCUGAUGAGACAGAGGAACCAAUGGAAACUGAACAGACUGCUGACAAAGAUGGAGAGACCAAGAUGCAAACUGAUCAGGAUGGACAGCAAGCUCAGGCAGAUGCUCAGAAAGAAACAGAGGAGAAGACACCAAAUGAGAAUGAAGAGAUGGAGACGAGUACAGAGGAGAGCAAAGGGGAGAAGAAGUCCGACCAGCCCCCACAAGCCAAAAAGGCCAAAGUCAAAACAAAAGUGCUGGAGCUUCCCAUUGAAAACAGUCCACAGUGGCAGCUAGCGAAUGACAUGCUCAACCUUUUUGUAGAAAAUGAGGGCAAGAUGAUCAUGCAAGACAAGCUGGAAAAGGAGAGGAAUGAUGCCAAGAAUAAUGUAGAGGAGUAUGUGUACGACAUGAGGGACAAACUGCACGGGAUGCUGGAGAAGUUUGUCGGUGACUCUGACCGGGAUGUUUUGUCAUUAAAACUGGAGGACACCGAAAACUGGCUUUAUGAAGAUGGAGAGGACCAACCCAAACAGGUGUACAUUGACAAGUUGGCAGAGUUAAAGAAACUUGGCCAACCCAUCCAGGACAGGUUUAUGGAGGCUGAGGAGAGACCCAAAGCUUUUGAGGAGCUGGGGAAACAAAUUCAGCAGUACAUGAAGUUUGUUGAGGCCUAUAAGAUGAAGGAGGAGCAAUAUGACCAUUUAGAUGAAGCAGAUGUUGCCAAAGUGGACAGACAGACCAACGAUGCAAUGAUCUGGAUGAACAGCACCAUGAACCAGCAAAGCAAGCAGAGCCUCACAGUGGAUCCACCUGUCAAAGUCAAAGACAUCAGAGCAAAAACAAAGGAGCUGUUCUCAGCUUGCAACCCCAUUGUGACCAAGCCUAAGCCAAAGGUGGAGCUUCCCAAGGAGGAGACUCCAGCAGAGCAGAACGGUCCCGUCAACGGUCAAGAGAAACCCCAGGAAGAAACUGCAGACAAAGGGGCGACGGACAACACAGGCAAUCCAACUUCAGACACUACAGAGAGCAAGCCUGAUAUGGACCUUGAUUAAAGCAGCCCAUUGCGUCCUGAAGCAAAGCUGAACAGGAGCUGAAUGAGUCAGACUGAGAUGCAGCCUGGCUGCAUAUCAGAGUUGGUGAAGUGUUUAAGGAACUGUACCUCACAAUAAAAAGCAGGCAGAGUGUUGAGCACACUGAGCCAAUCUUGUGGUGGUACUUCUGUCUGAUGACAUAGCAUGCCCUCUCUCUUUCUGGAUGACUUAAAUCAAAAAGCCAGCUGCAAUAACUCUGUUUGACAAUGAGCGCUGUACACAUGAUGGUAUUUAUUUCUGUUGUGUGCUCUGUAAGUGUUCUGGUCUGUGUCACAGUAUGGUUUUAAUAAAGUGAUUGAAAAUC